CGUUCGUUCGCAUCUCUUUGAAUGAUUUGAAAUCCACCCGUGAGUUGUGUUUGUACUCCGUUUGCAGCUUAAUUUUUUUGAGUAAUCGUCCUCUUAAUACUUACCAUUCAGUACGCAUAGAUUUUUUUACAUAUAUAAAUAUUGAACCCUAGGGCGUAAAUCUGGGAAGAAUCGACUUGAUUCACCGCUACGUCACAGAAGAAAGAGGCAUAUCUUCGAAGUACAGUGCUAUUUCAUCACGUAACAUUAAUUAUUGAAUUCAGUCUCAUCCAACGGUUAGUGAAAUCUCAAUUUCGCCAUUUCUGUUAUGAAGAAAGAAUAAUUUUAAGAAUUUAGAACUAAGCUACAGACGAUUUUUUUUUCAAUGAACUAAAGGACAGGUGCCUCAGUAGUAAGCAAGCAUCACGUUGUGACGUCACGUAUCUAUUGAGAACGGCCAUUUUGACUAAUACUGUCGCGGAGUUGUGAGGAUUGGCGUCGGCAUGGAAGAAAAGGCGUCUCUGAAAGAGUUAGACCAGUGGAUAGAACAGUUAAAUGAAUGCAAACAAUUGACAGAAAGUCAAGUAAAAACGUUAUGCGACAAGGCAAAAGAAAUUUUAGCCAAAGAAUCUAAUGUUCAAGAAGUUAAAUGUCCUGUAACAGUAUGUGGAGAUGUUCAUGGGCAGUUUCACGAUCUUAUGGAAUUGUUCAGAAUAGGUGGCAGAUCUCCUGACACCAAUUACCUUUUUAUGGGUGAUUAUGUGGAUCGUGGUUACUAUUCAGUUGAGACUGUUACUCUAUUAGUUGCUCUAAAGGUUCGAUAUCGGGAAAGAAUAACUAUUUUACGAGGGAAUCAUGAAUCGAGGCAAAUUACUCAAGUGUAUGGAUUUUAUGACGAGUGUCUUCGUAAAUAUGGAAAUGCCAAUGUUUGGAAAUACUUCACAGACCUUUUUGACUAUUUGCCACUUACAGCUCUAGUAGAUGGUCAAAUAUUUUGUCUGCAUGGUGGUUUAUCUCCAUCUAUUGACACAUUAGAUCAUAUUCGUGCUUUGGAUCGUCUUCAGGAAGUACCUCACGAGGGUCCAAUGUGUGAUCUGUUGUGGUCAGAUCCUGAUGAUAGGGGAGGUUGGGGUAUAUCUCCUCGUGGUGCUGGGUACACAUUUGGGCAAGACAUUUCAGAAACGUUUAACCAUUCAAAUGGACUUACUUUAGUUUCAAGGGCUCACCAACUUGUAAUGGAGGGCUAUAAUUGGUGUCAUGAUCGUAACGUUGUGACCAUCUUUUCUGCACCCAACUAUUGUUAUCGUUGUGGAAACCAAGCAGCCAUCAUGGAAUUAGAUGAUGCUUUGAAAUACUCAUUCCUACAGUUUGACCCAGCACCUCGUCGUGGCGAGCCACAUGUCACUCGACGCACACCCGACUACUUCCUGUAGGCAGCCCCUGCAGAAAGGCAGAGCAGAUCACGUUGCCACCCUGCCAGUCCUGCUAGCAAGCCCUCCCUUAAAAAAGGAAAUAAAUGUGUUGCUCUGUACCUUGAGUUGAGUGGAACACCUCAUGUUUUUGGAGCUGGUGUUUUGCAGAAUACAAUACAAGUAUUCAGAUGGCAAUGGAAUCUCCUUAUUAUGAAAUUCAUAAAUGAGGCUUGGCACUUUUUUUUUUUUCUUUCUAUUUUUUUUUAAUUUUUUUAGUUAUAUCCGAUAUUGUUGGGUCUUUGGAGCAUUUCACGAACAUUUCUAUCUACUCUUUUGAGAUUGGUUUAUUUGUCUUUUGUGCAACUUUUCUGCAUUGAAUUUUAUAAUAAUGAGAUUUUGUUCUGUAUUGCAGCAUUUGGCUAUUCAAUAAAAAGUAUUCAAGUAAAGCUCAGAGACAUUCUGUCGCAGUAGACUUGAAUGUGAAACACUAGGUACUCCCUGCAAUCCCUAUACAAAUGUUGCGCCACUUACUGAAUGUAUGAUACACACAACUUGUCUGCUCCCUUGAUUUGCAAGGGCUUUUCUCUGUAGCAUUUGUAGAUUUUAAAUUUAUUAAAUCGAAAAUAUUAAAAGGCGUGCUUUGUCUGGGUGAAAAACUACAUGCUGUCUUCAGCUCUUAUGAAAUUAUGCUAAGGCAGUCAAAACUGUGUCCUUAUCUUGUAAUGUGCGGUUGUUUAGAGUUGUUUUUGUGAUGUAUAGACACAUGUGCUGCAUUUCAACACUUGUCCAAUUAAAUUGGCACACCAGUUUUAAUUUUAAUUAUAAUUAUUUUACUCUUUUCCGCCAGUCAAUAGGUGUAGCCAAUUUCUGUUGCACAGGUAUAUAUGCUGUAACUUUUUUUUUUUCUUUUCUACCAAUCUUUCCAUGUUCUCAAUGUUGUAUGAUAUUCUACCAAACAUGUUAUAUGCAGUAUCUAUUGAAUUAGUUUACUAGAUAACUUUAACAUGUCUUUUUUUUUAAGAACUUAAUUGAAUAGUGAAAAUAAAGAUAUUGUAUAUGGAGAAGUAUUUUUUACUUGUCCUAUGUUUUAUCCUGAUUUGUUGCACAUAAAUGUAAGAUUUGAUUUGCAUAAUGAUUGGAAAACUGGUUCUUUGUUCUACCUGCAUUUUAGUAAGGGCUCCUUUCGAUUGUUUGAAGUUCCUACUUGGAAUACUGCCACUGGUAUUUAAGUAAUGUACUGCUCUUUGAAUAUAAAGCUUUAUUACAGUUUGCUUACAUUAAAGAAUUUGUAAAUGAAUAUAAAAGACUAACAGUAGUGAAGAAUGAAAGGAGCUUGGUCUUAUUGUAGGAAUUUAAAUUGACUUUUCAGGAAGUGUUGGAUUAUACUUGUGUAUAUAUAUAAAGCUUGUUUGAAUGUGUGAUUGAAAGACUUGAGCAUAUGAAUAAUAAAAUCUGAAUAUGCUAAGUACAAAUGGACUUCAAUUUUUUUAAUUUGCCUUUUUAAAAACUAAGGUACAUGGAAAGGGAGAAGUAAGCAAAAAAUCUGGGUUUCAAGAAAGAUUUAUUUCGUGCAUAAAGUGAA